GGCGCCCGUGCUGUCUGGCGCUAGUACACGCUCGUCCCUCAUGAGCAUGAAGACCUCUAAGGACGACCGAACUCAAGUCUGCCACCUCGAAGUCAACUGAAUACCCAAGACUUGCAAACAUUAUAGCCGGUCUCUGCUCGAGAAUAUAGCAGAGCAUUGACCGCGGUGCUUCGACUCUUCGUCAGAUCACUUUAUCAUGGCGGACGUACAGUCGUCGAGCUUGCCACCUGCAGCUACCAGUCUCGCUGAUAUACCCACUCUUUCUGAACUGCUAGCCUCGUCUUCUACCGAUGCAUCUUCAUCCUCGACCUUGGCAUCGCGUGAUGCAGCGAGCUACCUCGCGGAACUCACCUCUCUUCCUCUCGCCGAAUUGGAAGCUCAGCCGACCGAAUUGUCAUCAUCGUCGGCACAGCUCACGAACGCCCUUACCACGCUCUGCUACACGUCAUAUCCGACCUUUCUAUUGAUUCAUGCAACGACCUCCACGUUUACGUCCUCUCUGUCAUCGCUAUCCUCGUCCUUGGAUGCUCUCAUCUCGUCCCUUCCAGCCCUCGAGAAUUCUGCGCGUUCCUUUGCCGAAGACACGCGCGAAAUUCAGAAGGAGCGUCGCAAAGCCGCACUCGUCCUCGAGCACCAUGACAAGCUCUAUGACGUGCUGUCCCUUCCCCUCCUGCUCGAUUCCUGUGUCAGGAACCACAACUAUACCGAUGCCCUCCUCCUUGCAAACCACUCCAAUUCCCUCUCCCAGCGCUUUCCCUCCAACCCGCUCGUGCAGUCCGUCAAGGCCGAAUGUGACGCGCGUGUGCAGGCGAUGCUCGGCCAGCUCCUGCGCAUGCUCAGCGAGCAGGCCAAGCUCCCCGCGCUCUUCCGCGCGGCUGGCUUCCUCCGCAAGAUGGGCGUGCUCACAGAACCUGAACUCGCGCUUGCGUUCCUAACCGGCCGCGGCACAUACCUUGAGAGCCUCUUCAAGACCAUCGACAUCGAGAAGAAGGCGAUUGAAGGCGACAGGGAUCGCGAGAUGGAGGCAUAUGCGAGGUACCUGAAGAAGUACGUGGACCUGUGGCGAGAGGGCGUGUACGAUGUCAUCACACAGUACACAACCAUCUUCCUGGAUCGGGCACCCUCAAUAUCGCCAGACGUCCAGUCACGAUUGCGCAUGCUCUUGACGACGUUUACGACGCUCCGGUUGCAGAACUUGCUGUCUCUUCUCCGAGACACACUUCCGUAUAUCCCUGAUCCGUCCUUACUCACAUCGCUGCUUACACAGUUGACUUACUGUGCCAACUCUUUCGCACGUGUGGGGAUGGAUUUCAGGGCGCUGCUCGCGCCGAUCUUCGUUGACGCGGUGCGGAGUGGUGUCAAAAAGGAAUUUGAGGAGGCCACCAAAGGCUGGUCUGAGAGGUUGAGAUCGUGCACAGAGAGCGGCACGAAUGGGUUUAAAGCCAACUUAACAACGUCUUCUCAGAUUCUCGUAGCCUCGACCUCACUUGCCUCUCCCCCGCUUCCCACGAAGGCGCAAUUGAAUACGAUCACGUCUGGCCCACCAAAUGUUCCUCCGCCCAUACUUGUCUCAUAUCCUCCUCUAGCAAUCUAUACAAACGCAUUCCUUACAGCUCUCAACGGUCUCCGUAUGCUCGCUCCCGUAGAACUGCUUGACGACCUUUUGGGGACGCUAGAGCGCUCUCUCGCGGAAGGGCUCACAAAGGUGCUUGCGCUUGCACGAGACAAGCUGUCGGCGGCAGAACAACAUCCAAAGGGCGGUGAGGAAGAGGAAAGGAAGGAUUUGGAAGUGGUGAGGGCAGCAGGGAUGGUCUAUGUGGAGGUGUUCGUGCCGUUCUUGAGGCGGGCUCUGGUGGAGGGUGUGUAUGGCGUUGUGAUGAAAGACAAGGAGAUUCCGAUGGGAAAGGAGCUGCGGGAUACUUUGGAAGAAUGGAAGGAGUGGGUCGGUGAGAAGGAGGAGGAAGCAGCAGAUCGUGUGGAAGGGACAGAUGGAGUGAACGGCAAUGACGACGGCAAAUCAUAAAGCUCGUCUGUAUCAAUUGGCGCGUGCUCGAUGUCAUCCAACUUCGAAUUUGUAGCGAUCGCUGCCUAGCAAGGCUCUGCCUUUGAAACCAAUG